UGUCAUGGAAAUACUGUACACGCCCUUCGUUCAAAACGCAGAAAAGCCUUCUCACGGACCGUCAUUUUGCGUUGUUAUAACACUUGGAUACUUCUGUAUGGAAUUAAGUACACAAUGCAAUGCAUACGAAGGCAGCCGAGACGCACUAGAUCAGAGGAGUUAUUAAAUUAUGAAAGGACCAAGAAUGUUGCGCGGAUGAAUUUACAACUCUUGGGUCUGGAAGGGGACACGGACCUCAAGUUCCUCCUAGGGGGAGGAGAACUUUUGAAGUUGAGAUCUUCCUCUUGGAUGAAGGCCCGCUUCUACAAGCUGCAGGAGGACUGCCGGACCAUGUGGCAUGAGUCAAAAACAUGUACCAAGUCCAAACAGACCUUUUCCAUCGAGGACAUCUCAGCGGUGCGCGCGGGCCGCCAGUCAGAAGGUCUGAGGAAGUACACAGACGAGCUGCUGGAGGGGAGAUGUUUCUCCAUCAUCUUCAAGGGCAGGAGAAAGGACCUCGACCUAAUAGCCAGCUCAGAUGAAGAGGCCAAGCAGUGGGUCACCAGUCUGGAGAAGAUCAUGUCCAACUUGAAUAACCUCAACUGCCAGCAAAAGACCCAACAUUGGAUCUUCAACUGCUUGAGAAAAGCAGACAAGAACUGUGACAGUCAGCUGAGCCUGGAGGAGCUGAAGGACUUCCUGCAUCAGAUCAACAUUGAGUUGGACGACCUAUAUGCUGAAGAUCUCUUCAGGCAAUGUGAUAAGUCUAAAUCUGGCUAUCUGUCUGAAGAGGAGAUAAAGACCUUCUACAACCUGCUGACCCGUCGUCAGGAGAUAGACGAAAUCUACGCGGAGUACGCCAAAACCACAGGCUUCAUGAGUGCUGAAAACCUAUUGGACUUCCUGAUUAAAGAGCAGAAAGAAGAGGCAACCCUAGCGGAUGCAAAUAGACUUAUUGACCAGUAUGAACGGGAUGAUAAAGCCAAAGAGAAGCAGCUGAUGACCAAAGAUGGCUUUCUGAUGUACCUCCAGAUGUUUGAGGGUCUGGUGCUGAAUCCUACCCAUAAGGCCGUGCAUCAGGACAUGAACCAGCCUCUCAAUCACUACUUCAUCUCCUCGUCUCACAACACAUACCUGAUGGAGGACCAGCUAACAGGACCCAGCAGUACAAAGGCCUACAUCAGGGCUCUUGUAAAAGGGUGUCGCUGUGUAGAGCUGGACUGCUGGGACGGCUCAGAUGAAGAGCCUGUCAUCUACCACGGACACACACUAACCUCCAAGAUUCUCUUUAGAGACGCCAUCAAAACCAUCAAGGACUAUGCCUUCAAGACUUCAGACUACCCAGUAAUCCUGUCCCUGGAGAACCAUUGUAGUGUGGAGCAGCAGAAGGUCAUGGCCAAGCAUAUGAGCUCCAUCCUGGGUAGUGCUCUGAUCACUACCCCUCUGGAGGACCAGAUGCCCACUGAAUUCCCCUCCCCAGAGGCACUGAAGGGGAGAUUCCUAGUCAAAUGCAAGAGGUUGAAUAAAUUGGAGGUCUACUUUACCCGUGAGGCAGCAGCUGUAAACGAUGACACUUUGACAGAGGAAGAGGAUGAAGAGGAGGAUGAGGAGCAGCAGAAGGCCAAGAAGUGCAAGAAACUGAAGAUAGCUAAGGAGCUGUCAGACAUGGUGAUCUACUGUAAGAGUGUCCCCUUCAAUGGCUUCCAGGAUGCCAAAGACAACCUGGCCUUCUACGAGAUGGCCUCGGUCAAGGAAGGGAAAGCCAUACAGCUGGCUGAGGAGUCUGCCAACUGCUACAUCCGUCACAACGUGGACAAGCUGAGUCGUAUCUACCCAGCAGGGUUGAGGACAGAUUCCUCCAACUUUAACCCUGUACCCCUGUGGAAUGCUGGCUGCCAGAUUGUGGCCCUGAACGUCCAAACACCCUGUCCCAACAUGGAUUUGAACCAAGGUCGGUUCCUGGUCAAUGGAAAGACAGGAUACAUCCUGAAGCCGGCCUACAUGAGGGACCAGAUGUCCGAGUUUGACCCCAUCACUCUCACUAGGGGACCAUGGCUACAGCACAAGACCCUACACAUCAUGAUCAUCUCAGCCCAGCAGCUCCCCAAAGUGAACCAGAAGAAGACCUCUGUUGUGGAUGCCCUGGUUAAAGUGGAAAUACAUGGGGUACCUGCUGAUACUGCAGAGAAAGAAACGGUUCAUAUUGUGGACAACGGUUUUAACCCGAUGUGGAAUGAGAACUUCCAGUUUGAUGUGCAUGUGCCAGCGCUUGCCCUGGUCCGCUUUGUGGUCGAGGACUACAACUAUGCCUUUGAUAAUGAGUUGAUCGGACAGUUCACCCUGCCAUUCACCAGUUUACAGUUGGGAUAUAGGCACGUGCCUCUAUUUAAGGACGGAGAGCCUCUUUCUUCAGCAAGAUUGUUUGUACACAUCAUGAUUAUGGAUGCCUAAAACACUACCACUUCAGGGUAUGUGGGCUUUAUCCUGGCUGACACCUGAUUUCAGUCUGAAGGGGUGUUUUGCUGUUGUCCAUUUAAAUUAAAUGCAUUGUCAAUAAUAAUUUUACCAAAGCACCUCCCCAAGAAAAAAAGAAAAAAUUAACCAAAUAAUUUUCUGAGCUAAUAUUUUGGUACAGUAAAACAGGUUCCGGUCCCGACCUGUGAGACACAGCUCUCCAUUCACAGUCAGUCUCUUGGGUCUUUACAGCUCUUUUUACCUGCAUUUCUGUUGUCACGUUUUUUUUUUAUAGAUAUAUAUUUUUUUAGCUGAUUCAAUAAUUGUGCAGUAAUUAUCUUUGUUACUUUUGUGAAUAGGAAGAAAUUAACACAGACUAGUUUUUUAACCUGGAGGCGAAUCCAUUGAAUUAUGCAAAUCACUACGUUCAAUUGGUUUGCAUGUUAAUGCUAUGAAUUAAUAUGCAUCAUGUGUGAUGUCACCCAUAUAGUGUUAUAUAAUACAUGUUUAACUCUGAUUAAACCUCCAAGACUUGACUGUUA